ACUGCUGAGCGGAAAAGAGGGCGGGGCCUCGGGGCGGAGCAGACAGAGCCCGAGCGUCUCAGCUGGGGCCUGGCAGAGCCGACGAGACUCGCUGUGGCCGUUUCAGGUUCUGAGUCUAGAUUUAAAGAAGCUUAAUAAAAUGGGCAGAAUCUUCCUGGAUCACAUUGGUGGCACUCGCCUGUUCUCCUGUGCAAAUUGUGACACAAUCUUGACCAAUCGCUCAGAGCUCAUAUCCACACGCUUUACAGGGGCCACAGGAAGAGCCUUCCUGUUCAACAAGGUAGUGAAUCUGCAGUACAGUGAAGUUCAGGACCGCGUCAUGCUUACUGGCCGCCACAUGGUUCGGGACGUGAGCUGCAAGAACUGCAACAGUAAACUGGGCUGGAUCUAUGAAUUUGCCACUGAAGACAGCCAGCGCUAUAAGGAAGGUCGUGUCAUCCUGGAAAGGGCUUUGGUCCGAGAGAGCGAGGGAUUUGAGGAGCAUGUUCCGUCUGAUAAUUCCUGAAGAGAUUUCUGUCUUUCUGGGUUUUCUUCACUGAAACUUAAAAAAAAUUAAAAAAAAAAAAUCAAACAAAAAAAAAUCUACUUGCAUACACUGUCACCUUAGCAUCAGAGUCGGAUUCAUGAACUGCGGAGUGGGAAAGAUGUGAGAAUUUCAGAUGGAACUUUCCUUUCUUUAUUCCAUUUACUUUGGUUUUUUACUUUCCCUCCAACAGCUGUUUGUAGAGAGAAUGUUAUGCAGAUGCUGCAACUUUUUUUUCCUCUUUACAUAUACAUCUCUUAGAUCCAAGACCUGUCUGCAGAUAUGAAAGGGCUGAAAGGAAAAUAAUUGGGGAUAUUUCUUUUGUUAGAGAUUGGUGGGUUUCUUUUUUAGCUUGCAUAAACUCUGAUAUGUCACCAGAAAAUAUGUUAAUCCUCAAGGUGACUUUUAAUUUAUUUUCUAGCGUUUGAGUUAUCUUGAAACUUUUUCUUUACCCAGUCCUUUCAUCUGACUUGCUAGUUUAAGAUAAGAUCCAAAUUUAUGAUCGAGUGCUAAAGGUUCAGUGUUGGUAUGGCUUGUGCUGGCCAUUGUGCCAUAUUCUUGUUGAAGUUGAUUGGUAGCACAGAGCCCAUUCUUUCUUGUCAUUCUUGACCCAAAGAUGUUACCAUUCCUCAUUUAAUCGUAAGGUCCCUUUCACCACAUAACUGGUGUUGAUUGGAAACUAUCUUUGAAAUAGGGCAAAACUGCUUGGCUCUCUUUCUUUUAACUAAUGUAACUUAUAAGCAUAGUAAUAAUUUAAAGUAAUAGUUGUAUGUUUUAGUCUUGUGUUGCUUUAACAAUCAGAAGCUGUGUUUGUAAUUAGAGGGGUCCUCUGAGUAAUUACUGUUGCAGCAGUAAUUUUUUUUUUCCCCCUCCAUCUCUUAACUAAUUUUGUUCAAAUAGACAAAGCUGUAGCAAGCUCUUGGUCAGGUAGCCUUUGUUUUUAACCCAAGACUUUGUAUUUAAAACACAGCUGCUGGGGUGAAGGAGGAGAAUGCCAGCAUGUGCAUUCAUGCAUAUGAUCUGCAUCUCCCUAAAUGACUAAACUUUGUUUUCAGAUGCUGCUUCUGGUAUCAAAACUCUUAACUCUCUCUGUGUCUCUACUUUUGCACCUUGCCAUUGUCAUGUUUAAACCUUUUUAUCUUUUGGAGCAGCAGAACAUGCUUGCCUGGUAGUAAUUACUGACUAUUCUGGCUUUCUCAUUGUAGAGGUCAGUGGUGUCUAAACAGUGAGAUUUUGCUUAUGCAGUGGCAAAAAUGUUGUCUAUUUAACUUAACUCAGGGGUGGCCAAACAUCGUGACUUAGGAUUUCGCUGACAACUUGCUAAGAGUCCAAGGACUGCACCUAAAUUUAAUGUUGCAAUUACGUACAGUUCUUUAUUGGAUUUGGUGUCUGCCUGAAUUUUGACUUUUCUUUAUAGACAAAUCAGUUGCUAGUAGCUCCCCUAACAGACCACGCAAGUGAAACGUGGUAUUUAUUUCCUGGAGCUGCCACAGAAAAGUGGAGAGGGGAGGAAUGGCAGAUAUAGGCCCCAGCCUUUCGUAAUCAUCGUUUCCCCUUGGCCAUGCUUCCAUAUCAAACACAGUAGAGUGGAGAUGGCCAAUAUCCUGCAUGGAUGUCCUGAUAUCCUUCUUUUGGCUGCUGGGCUGUAUUUUGGACACCCCUGUCUUAAAGCUGUCAUCUACUAACUUAAAAGUAUCUUUAUUUGAGAACCAUGCCACUUUUGAAAGAGGACAGUGUCAACAGUGUACCAGAGCUAUGUUUGAAUCAAGUUUCAUAAACAGUAGUGUACUUGUGUCUCAAAUGAGUCAACUCUUACAUGAUUAUGGUAGAAUCCUCCUGUAUUGUAACUUCAGUCCUUCACAAAUCCAAAUGCUGCCAUUAGCAUGGUCUUCUGCAGUACUCUUCAUGUACUUCUGGUGUUAUAGUACAAUAAAGUAUGUUUUGUCCUGAAA